CUGGGUUUACUCCGGGUUUACUAGAGUGGACCCAGAGUAAACCCAGAGAAGACACAGAGAGUAAACCCGGUCAGAGGUAUACCCCCUGAGAGCAGACGCUAACUGUGUAUUCGGAAUAUACAAGGGGCAGGAAUUACAGGCAGUAGGAUGAUUGACAUGGUGAACAAUUGUAAUGCGGCUUGUGAAUUCAAUUUAUACGUCAGUACAGCGGAAUAUAAGAGCUGGAGCCUUGUGGGUUCAAACCAGAAGAUAUUCAGAGAAAAAUGAGCUAUUAAAAGAGGAAUUAAGGGAUUAUGUGGAUCAAAUUGAAAAACAUGUAUUUGACUUUGGAGCUGUGAAGGCAUAUAGUACAAAAACAGAUGAGCUGGAAGUAUACUCUCAGUCGGAAUCAUUUAGAAGCAACAAUGCAGGCUGGAGAUUUAAGUGGUUCCGAGAUUCUUCAGCUUCUGGAGAUAGACAUGUUGUAACUUCCUUUUGGAUAUUUGAGAAAGGAUAUGAUGCAAUAAGAAAUUACGUCUCCGGAGAAGAUCUACACCCCUCAUAUGUUUCUGCUUUUGAAGCUCUUGAAAGAUUUUACACAAAUAAGGAGUUCCAUGAAAGGUAUUUGAGACGUGGUUUUGAUAGGACGUCAACUGACACUGGCAUAUCAGCUGUUCUGGCUCAGCAUCUUCUUUCUCAGUUGAUACCUUGUCCAUCUAAUUAUUUUCUUGACAAUACAUCAGAUGGAAAACCUGAUGGUUGCCCAUGUGGCUGUGGAAAUCUCAUACAUUAUGGAUUUACUUAUGUUGGAAAUCCAACACUGUUUUAUGGUAAUGCAGACAUUGUACUUUUCCCUUGCGACAAAAAUUUGUUUGAAAAUUUCGAAAACAAUGAUGAUAAUUCCUCUGCUGUAUUUACUUUAAAACUGCCAGAGAAAGAAAAGGAAAUAUAUCACCAGAACUUGGAAUUUAAUAGACAUUGGGAUUCUGAUAUUGAGAAUGAAGGUGAUAUUGUGAUGGAUGAAAUUGAAAGGUAUGACACACCUUUUAGACAAGCAAACACUUUCCGUCAAUUAUGCAAACAAGCUAUCUCUCUCUCCCUUUGUAAACAAAACAGAUUGCAUAAUAAUCCUCAAUACUACAAGAAUCAACCAGCAAUUUUUCCACUGUGUGCCAUGACAAAGGAUUUAUAUGAAAUUGUGCUGUAUGAUGCAGAAACUGACUGCCUUCUCAGAAGUCUUUCACCGAUGUAUCUGUUUGACGAGGAUAUGUUGAGUCUGUCAAUAUCAGCCGUGAUAGAUCUGUGGUUGGUCAUUAACCAUAGUUUAUUUUGCACCAAGCAGACAGAUGAGACUACCAGUGAAUUGAGAGGAACAUGCAAUCUUUGUCCACAGUUAGGAGAAGAUUUACUGAAAUCAGUUGUAGCUAACUCUACCUGGAUGUUCAAACCUGAUUAUACAAACCAGAUAUCCUCAGAUCUACCUACAGGUGGUGCAAAGAGAGCUGAUGAAAGAUCACAUAUAUGGGAAAAGAUCAGGAAUUAUAAAGAUCUCAAGACAGAUGAAGGGGAAACUUAACUUAAAAACCAAUUGAUAUUGAAUCAAGUGGAUAACACAAGGUGCUCUUGAUUUUUAUAUCUGUGUGUCUAUCUCCCUAUUUGCACUUCACAUUAAUGUCCUGAGUAUAAACAGGAAUAUUUUUCAAAAACAAUGUAUAUAUACUUGAACAAUCAAAGAAUUUUUUUGGGAAAAAGUAACCUCAUUAAAAUUGACUGUUAAAAUUUACACAAUCUUAAAAGUUAUUUAGCUACAUAACUCAUGCGUAUUUUUGUAUUUCGGUGAUUUUGUUUGUUCAAUCAGUUAGAUUGAUCGUUUUGUAUGUAUUUUAAAAUUACAUGAUGUAUGUGAUAAAAAAUCACGUGAAAAUUUGGAUAAAUUUUAUUAUUAGACAUUUA